CCCCGCCCCCUCUGGACUCACGCGCACUGAAGCUCUAAUAGUGUAUUGCGUAUCUUUUCGGGAAAAUAUUACUGUAUAUAUCACACAUCCCCCUCACAGAAGAGACUGACAGGACCGCAGCUGCAAGGCAAGCAUGUUCACAUAUGGAGGAAUCUCGGCACAGAUCAGUGCUAACAGGCUACAGGCAGAAGGUGUGGGCUCUUUUGAGCAGGCUUUACACUUCCAGAACCAGGACUUUGAGGCACUCAAACAGGAGUGUUUGGAAGGAGGCUACCUGUUUGAAGACCCCUGCUUCCCCGCCGAACCACCCUCUCUCGGCUUCAAAGAACUUGCCCCGUAUUCCUCCAAAACCCGUGGUGUGGAGUGGAUGCGCCCUACGAGUGGUGACUGCUGGCUCCUCGCUGCUAUAGCCUCGCUGACUCUUAAUGAAAGACUCCUCCACAGGGUCGUCCCUCAUGGCCAGAGCUUUCAGGAUGACUAUGCUGGAAUCUUCCACUUUCAGUUCUGGCAGUUUGGUGAGUGGGUCGACAUCGUGAUUGAUGAUCGGCUCCCGGUCAGAGACGGAGAGAUCAUGUUUGUCCAUUCAGCAGAGGGAAAUGAGUUCUGGAGUGCCUUGGUUGAAAAAGCCUAUGCUAAGCUAAAUGGCUCCUAUGAAGCUCUCUCUGGAGGAUCCACUACUGAGGGUUUUGAGGAUUUCACCGGAGGGGUUUCAGAGAUGUACGAGCUCCGGAAGGCUCCGAGAGACCUGUACCGAAUCAUCAGCAAAGCCCUGGAGAGAGGCUCCCUGCUAGGCUGCUCUAUUGAUAUCACCAGUGCCUUUGACAUGGAAUCUGUGACGUUCAAGAAGCUGGUUAAGGGUCAUGCUUACUCAGUGACUGCUCUCAAACAGGUGGAAUUUAGGGAUCAUACAGAGAGGCUAAUCCGCAUCCGUAACCCAUGGGGUCAGGUUGAAUGGACGGGGGCCUGGAGCGACAACUCCCCUGAAUGGGAUGAAAUUGAUCCAUCUGAGAAGGAUGACUUGCACUUAAAAAUGGAGGAUGGCGAGUUCUGGAUGUCGUUCAGUGAGUUUUUGCAGCAGUUCUCCAGGCUGGAGAUUUGUAAUCUGACCCCUGAUGCUCUGAGUGAUGAUGACCUGAGCCACUGGAACACCAUCAAGUUUCACGGUGCCUGGCGGAGAGGCAGUACCGCAGGAGGCUGCCGAAACCAUCCCAACACAUUCUGGAUCAAUCCACAGUAUAAGAUCACAUUGCUGGAGGAAGACGAUGACCCAGAGGAUGAAGAAGUGGCCUGCAGUUUCCUGGUGGCUUUAAUGCAGAAAGACCGCAGACGGUACCGCCACCACGGACAGGACAUGCACACCAUCGGCUUUGCUAUCUACGAGAUUCCUGAAGAGUAUGCCGGCUGUCAGAACGUUCACCUUAAAAAGGACUUCUUCCUAAAACACUCAUCGUCUGCCCGCUCUGAGUCCUUCAUUAACCUGCGGGAGGUGAGCACUCGUCUCCGCCUGCCUCCCGGUGAAUACAUCAUCGUCCCCUCCACCUUCGAACCCAGCAAAGACGCUGAUUUUGUCCUACGAGUCUUCACUGAAAAGCAGUCACAGACGGAGGAGUUGGAUGACGAGAUUUCAGCUGACCUGGAGGAUGAGGCAGAAAUUACAGAGGAUGAUAUUGAUGACUCUUUCAAGUCCUUGUUUGCCCAGCUGGCUGGAGAGGAUAUGGAGAUAUCUGUCCAUGAACUCAGAACUAUUCUCAACAGAGUAGUGUCCAAACACAAGGAUCUAAAGACAGAUGGCUUCAGCAUGGAGUCCUGCAGAACUAUGGUAAACCUCUUGGAUAAAGAUGGUAGUGCACGGUUGGGUUUAGUAGAGUUUCAGAUCCUCUGGAACAAAGUAAGGAAGUUACUGGGGAUCUUCAGAGAGUUUGAUAUUGAUAAGUCAGGGACUAUGAGCUCUUAUGAGAUGCGUCUGGCUGUAGAAUCAGCAGGUUUUAGGCUCAAUAACAGACUCAACCAGAUUCUUGUAGCCAAAUACGCUGAGAACGAGGUAAUCGAUUUUGAUAACUUCGUCUGCUGCUUGAUCAAACUGGAAGCCAUGUUCAGAUCUUUUCAGCAGUUGGACAAAGAUGGAACAGGAACGGCUGAGAUGAACCUAUCUGAGUGGCUCUUCAUGACCAUGUGCGGUUGAGGUAGACCAUUUCAUGAACGUCCAACUCAAGAACCUGCUGGAAAGUGCCUCAAUGCUGAACUCCUCAUGCAACAAUGCCACUAUAACCUCAUUAGAAUACAGUGCUACUAGUUUUUUAAGGAUUUCUUUUUCUCUCAAUAUUACAUAUUGCAGUUACACUACAAAGAAAACCCCUGUAGUGUGAAACACAAGAAAGAGGACCUCCACUCACUUCUGCUGUAAUGACUGAUGGAAUGGCUGAGAAACAUCAUGUGCAUGGGAUAAAUAUCAAGUGAGCUUCAAGUUUUGUCCUAACAGAACUUUAUUUCAAAAGGCUGUCUAUGAAUAGUGCCAUGGGGGGG